AUGGGGCACUUUGUGGCAGCCUUGCAGAGCUCUGCAGCCAUCUUCACCUGGGAAACGAGCUGUGGUACGUGCUUGCCAGCAAAACCGCUGUCUUUACGUCGCUGUGGCUUCCCCUCCGUCUGCGUCGCUCUCAAAUGCGUGUUGCUCCUUCACGUGAAGGAGGCUCAGCAGUACCAUCCCAGUGCUCACACAGCAGAGUGUCUAGAGUCUUAAAAGCUGCUGCCAGGAGCUUCCCAGUGCCUAUGGGACAGUCAUGUGCUGACUCUGCAUCAGGUCAGCUUGGGACUGUACAGCACAGAACCCCAGGGGCUUCUGGGCUCAGCCACAACGUGCUCACUGCAGGAGCAAUAUUGUUCUCUUCUGCAGAUGCUGCACUUCCAGCUUGUUGUGGUGCAUUUGGCCCUUGUGGUUACCCUGCUGCAGUGGCACUCCAGCUCAGUACUCCUUGUGCAAGCAGCUCUGGAGCCUCUGGAGCCUUCUGCAGCUCAGGCCAUGGGAGCACAUCCCCUUGCCAGUGAAGAGAAGUCAGCCCCUAGCCUGGCAGCCAAACUGUUCCUCCUCGAUGAGCUGGUGUCUCUGGAGAACGAGGUGGCUGAGACCAAGAGGAAAAGAAGUUUCCCAGGCUUUGGCUCCCCAAUUGACAGAAUCUCUUCCACCACUCUGGAUGCAAAAGCCAAACAGAGAAAAGUGGUUGAGCUGCCUAAGAGAAGGUUUGGAGUCCCUCUGGACCGGAUUGGAGUGAGCCAUCUUGGCAACACCGAGGGUUAG